AUGUCAAAGAAUAUAGUGGCAGACAGCAAGGAUAUAACUUCAUCUGCAAAUAUGAGAAAUAAGGUUAAUCCCAACCAUCAGACAACUCAGGACAAUAUUUUGGAUUCUGAAGCUGUUCAUGAUCAUUCAGAAAGAGAAAUAACCCAGAUGAACCAUGAUGGACAGGAGUCUGAGGCAAAGUCACCAGGAAAACUCAGGCAAAUAUGUGCUUGUCCUCCUGAAGGCAUUAUUGCCACAAUAGUGACAAAUGUGGCAGCAGUAGCACUGGUCUGGGCCCUGAUCUGGUCCAUUACAAGCCAUGAGAGUCUUCCUGGUGGAAACAUCUUUGGAUUUCUAGUCCUCUACUGUUGUUCUGUAAGUGGAGGUCAACUUAUAGCACUAAUUAAAAUACCUCAUCUGCCUCCAUUUCCUCGCCUUCUUGGGAUGUUGCUUGCUGGAUUUCUCAUCCGAAAUAUUCCAUUCACUAAUAAGAUGAUCUACAUCAAUAUGAAAUGGGGAGCCACCUUGAGAAAUAUUGCCCUUUCAAUUAUUCUGGCCCUUGCUGGUCUUGGCCUUGAUUCAAAGGCUCUGAAUAAAUUAAAAACUGUCUGUUUCAGGCUAAGCUUGGGACCCUGCAUUGUUGAAGCAUGCUCAGCAGCUGUCUUGUCUCACUUUCUUAUAGGCCUGCCAUGGGAAUGGGGUUUUAUGUUAGGUUUUGUUCUAGGUGCUGUAUCUCCUGCCAUUGUUGUCCUUUCAAUGCUGAUGUUACAAGCCAGAGGAUAUGGUGUUGACAAAGGCAUCCCAACUUUACUAAUAGCUGCUGGCAGCCUGGAUGAUAUUGUAGCUAUUACAGGUUUCAACACCUUCUUAGGCAUAGCCUUUUCCACAGGCUCCACCCUGACUAGCAUCCUCCGUGGCUUAAUGGAAGUUGCAAUUGGUGCAGGAGCUGGGAGUCUUCUUGGAAUAUUUAUAUGGUACUUUCCAAGCAAGGAUCAGGCAUUUCUCAUAUGGAAAAGAGCAUUCUUUGUGCUUGGCCUAUCUGUGUUUACUCUUUUGAGCAGCAAGAAUUUUGGUUUCCCUGGAUCUGGAGGGCUCUGCACAAUUAUAUUGGCAUUUCUGGGUGGGAUGGCAUGGUCUGAUAAGAAGAAAGCAGUAGAAGAAAUAGUUGCAGUUGCAUGGCAUGUUUUUCAACCCUUUCUGUUUGGUUUAAUUGGAGCUGAAAUAUCUGUUGUCUCUCUUGGAGCUAGAAUGGUCGGACUUUGUUUGGCCACUCUGGCUUUGGCUUUAACAAUACGAGUUACUGCUACAUUUUUAUUGGUGACUGCCAGUGGCUUUGAUUUCAAGGAGAAAAUAUUUAUUGCAUUGGCAUGGAUUCCUAAAGCUACUGUACAGGCUGCAAUUGGUUCUGUUGCCUUAGAUGCAGCACGAAUUCGUCAUGAUGAAACCCUAGAGCAAUAUGGCCUAAACAUCUUGACAGUAGCUUUCCUAGCUAUUCUGAUCACAGCUCCAGCUGGAGCUCUAAUAAUUGGCCUGGCAGGGCCCAGACUUCUCCACAAGACUGAUAUAGGUAGUGAAGAAGAUGAGAAAAGAAAAGAAAGGCAAGCAACUUCACCAAUAUAG